AUGGCUAUAAGCGACGCGCGAAACACCAUCGCGUUUACCGAAGUAGACGAGACCAACAAUCCCACAGCAACCUAUGUCUAUUCCGAAGCUCACGAACAUGCAAACAAUCCACAUGAGAAGAGUCUCAGCAAACGGGCAAGGGUCGAAGUGAUGCAUCCUUCUUCUACUCCCCCAUCGCCAUGGUCUCUGAUGACCUUUUUUAAUCUGCUCGUCGAUGUCUUUCUGCCUUCGGGGUAUCCCAACAGCGUUACCGAUGAUUAUCUGCCGUAUCAAAUCUUCGACUCCCUCCAGGCAUUCUGCAGCUCCAUCGCCGGUCUCUUAUCCUCCAGAGCCGUACUCCAAGGCGUUGGCGUCGGCAACGCGAACGCCUCUCCAACCUCUGCUCUCCUCCUGCACAUCCUGCAGGACUCCUCCGGCCGGAUCGCCACGAUCCUCUUCGCCCAUCGCGUCGGGACGGCCCUCGAGCCCGAAUGCAAGAUGUACCGCCUCGCCGCCGAUGUGUUCAACGACGUCGCCAUGGUCCUGGAUUGCCUGUCGCCCAUGAUCCCCGCGGGAGUCGGCCGCGUCGGCGUACUGAGUGCGGCGGGCGUGCUGCGCGCUCUCUGCGGUGUUGCCGGGGCAGUUCCAAGGCGAGUCUCAGUGCCCAUUUCGCUCAAAGACUCGUCACAAGAAACGAUCAUCUCCCUGAUCGGGAUGCUGGUCGGCUCCUUCGUUGUCUCCCGCGUCACAAGCUUCGCAGCCACCUGGGCCAGCCUCCUGUUCCUCCUUAUUGUCCACCUAGGCAUGAACUACGCCGCCGUGCGCUCCGUCCAGAUGACCAGUCUCAACAGGCAGCGCGCCAACAUCGUCUUUUCCACCUUGCUCGAGUCUGACCCAGCUCUGGAUCUCCAUGGCCUCAGUCUUAGCAGGGAAGUCGACCAUGCACCACCACCGUCCGCGCAGCAAUCUCCCUUGACAACAUCAAGGCCACCGCUAACACCCGCCGACGUCUCCAAACAAGAAAGGAUCUUCGAACCCGACGGCAUCCUAAAAUGGACGUCCGCUUCCAGUGAAUGCCACAAACUCGGGUACUGCCAGAUCGGCGUCUCCCUCGACCGGUUCCUCCGCCUGUCGUCGACAAGCACCAGCGUCAGCAGCACCACAAGCACAAAGAUACGAACAUCGCCUAGCCUGAAAACCACACUCCCAAUGCCUGAACUCUCCUCUCUCUUCGCAAAGGAGGAUUAUCUCCUGUACCUCGUGCGGCGCGGAACCCGCGGCCCGGUCUGGUACGCCAGUCUCGUCCUCAAGAAUACCUGCUCCGCCAGGUCGCAGCUGAAAGCCUGGACGCAUGCAUUGCUUGCUGCGCGGGUCUUGCACCGUUCCUCCUCUGAUGACGGAGACCAGCAGGUCUUGGAUGUGAUAGCGCGCACUCUGGAUUUCCUCAAUCGCGACGCGAGGUUCGAGCGAUAUCUGCAGAGUCUUGAGGAGGCGGGCUGGGAUUUGACUAUAGCAGCUUUGGAGACAAGCUCUAGGCGGAGAAUUCUGGUAAAUUAA